AUGAAUAUGAGUGAAGAAGGCGGUAAUUUGGGUGCAAUGACAUAUCAAUGUCUGAUCAGUGGUGUUAUUGAAAGAGUGAUGCAAAGCCGACGAGAUAAUCCGAACGCUGUACAGCUUCUUCAAAGUCUACGUGAAAUAAUGCGGAACGCCGAAAUUGCCUCUCCGUCGUUUCUUUUCGACUUCACAAAAAUUAUCCUCAACGACUCAAAACUGAAUAUCAACCUACAGGAAGCAUAUCUUCGAAUGCAAGCCAAUGCGCCCACUGAUGAUCUAGAAUUACCAUUAGCAAAAGAGCCUCAAUUCAUUGAGUUGUCAAAGAGAGCAAUCGCCUUACGUCGUGUACUAGCUCGUGUA